AUGGCGUCGGGCUGCAAGGUGGGGCCGUCCAUCCUCAACAGCGACCUGGCCAGCCUGGGCGCCGAGUGCGUGCGGCUGCUGGACUCCGGCGCCGACUACCUGCACCUGGAUGUAAUGGACGGGCAUUUUGUUCCCAACAUCACCUUUGGUCACCCUGUGGUAGAAAGCCUCCGAAAGCAGCUAGGCCAGGAGCCGUUCUUUGACAUGCACAUGAUGGUGUCGAGGCCCGAACAGUGGGUAAAGCCAAUGGCAGUAGCGGGAGCUAAUCAAUAUACCUUCCAUCUCGAGGCUACUGAGAACCCAGGGGCUUUGAUUAAAGACAUUCGGGAGAACGGGAUGAAGGUUGGUCUUGCCAUCAAACCAGGAACUACAGUUGAAUAUUUGGCACCGUGGGCUAAUCAAAUAGAUAUGGCCUUGGUUAUGACAGUGGAACCUGGGUUUGGAGGGCAGAAAUUCAUGGAAGAUAUGAUGCCAAAGGUUCACUGGUUGCGGACCCAGUUCCCGUCUUUGGACAUAGAGGUCGAUGGUGGAGUAGGUCCUGACACUAUCCAAAAAUGUGCAGAGGCAGGAGCUAACAUGAUUGUGUCUGGCAGUGCCAUUAUGAGGAGUGAAGACCCCAGAUCAGUGAUCAACCUGUUAAGAAAUGUUUGCUCAGAAGCUGCUCAGAAACGUUCUCUUGAUCGAUGA